UGUGUGUGUGUGUGUGUGUGUGGUUGUGUUAGUAUGUCUGCGUAAGUAUAUAUAAAGUAGUCUUAAUGACUUAAUCUCCAGUUUCGCCUCACAGCUCAUUCAUUUGCAUAUCAUCUUCCAAUUUGAUUUGAUCGUUACACAUUCUUCCUCAUUAGUGAUCCAGCUACGCACACCAACACACAUACACACACACACAUAGACAUAUAAGGAUACUUAUAAGUCAGUAAACACGUUAUCAUCCCAUCUACAGACAAACCUGCUCAUCUAGAUACACAUAGAUAAUCGACUUCUAUAAACAAAAGCUUAUCUAAGAUAUAUUUUCAAUUGAAUUAAUACUUUGAAAAAAAAUUAUUCCAUCAAAGCGAUACCGAUUAUCACAACAAAAGAAAAAGAUGGUUACAUGUACAGAGAGAUAUGCUGCACGACAGCAUGCAUUAGCUGAUCGAUUUCGAUUGACUUCACGUCCAUUAAUACGAGCUUGUUUAGGUGAAUUCUUUGGUACAAUAAUUCUAGUAAUAUUUGGCUGUGGUGUCCUUGCUCAAGUAUUUCUAGGUGAUCAUGGUAGACAUGCACAUGGAACAUUUAUAUCUGUUAGUUUGGGCUGGGGAUUUGCUGUCUACAUGGGUGUAUUCUUCUCUGGACGCGGUGGUUCUGGACACAUUAAUCCAGCUGUUACUUUGGCAUUUUCAGUAAUUGGAAAAUUCCCCCUUAGACGUGUACCAAUCUAUACACUUUGUCAAGUUGUAGGAGGAUUUGUUGGUGCACUUGCAGUCUACGGUGUUUAUCAUGAGAAAAUAUUUGAAUAUGCUGGAAAAUAUGAGAAUGGAUCAUUGAUAGUAAAAACAACAGGUGGUAUAUUUGUCACUAAUCCAGGAGCAUCUCAUCUAACUUGUUUCCUUGAUCAAGUGCUAGGAACUGCAUUGUUAACAGCAGGAGCAUUGGCUAUUUGUGAUCCUAAUGGAUGGAAACUUCCAGAAUACUUACAUCCAUUACAUUUAGGAUUAUUGGUUUAUGCUUUAGUCGGUUGUUUUGCAUUGAAUGCUGGAUGUGCUUUAAAUCCUGCACGAGACCUUGGGCCUAGACUCAUGCUUUUGGUUUGUGGUUGGGGAGGUUCAGCUUUUACUGCUGGGAAUUAUUUCUUCUGGAUACCUAUUCUAGGCCCAUAUAUUGGUGGAUUGAUUGGAGCUAUACUAUACGAGUUAACAGUUGGUAUACACUUAGAUCAUAGACCUGUAACACCAUCACCAACAACAGUGAACACAUCAGCAACAGGAGAUCAAAGAUAUCAAGAUAUGGAGACAUCAGUAGAAGGUAAAGCUGGUUCACAUCUACUCACUAAAGGGUUAUAACACAAUGGAUGUUUCUCAUAUAUAUGUGUGUGUGUGUGUGUGCGUCUGUGUUCGGUUUAGUGCAUCUUUGCUCGCUUAUUAGAAAUUGUUGAUUUUUUUUAUCUUUGCUUUGAAUAGAAAAAAUUUUUUUCGCACUUUUUAUUUCUUUCACCUCCUGACCUCCACCCUGCAUAACCCCUAAUCCACCUGGUUACCAAGUUAAAAACUCUUUCUAGUUUAAAAAGAAAACCAACUUGUAAACAAAUUAUUUAUUAGAUGUUUCCAUUGAUUUUCAUCGAAAUGAUAAAAUAAAUGAAAGGGGGAUAAAAAUUUGAUGAGAUUAUUAUUCACUACUGAAUUGACUUAUUAAUAGUCAAUGUUCAAUGUGUAAUAUCACAUUGUGCCUGAAUACCUUACACACUACUUCAUUGUUUCGUCUAUACUACUCACAUAUAUGUAUACCUUGACUUCAUGUUUAUUCAUUUCACAUCGAUACCAUCCGUAUAACAUAUACGCCAAGGUGAACCAACUCCUUCUGUUCAACUUCUAUGUCAUUACUGUGAUCAACACAUUUAUAGUCUUUGUGUGUGUGUGUGUGUGUGUGUGUGUGUGUGUGUGUGUGUGGAUCAAACAAGACCCGGAGACAGAUUUCAUCCCAUUUAUUAUAUUUUCCAUGCAAAAUACAAUUUAAACAAUG